UGGAAAAAUUGUACCUCCAUAUACUGCGGCCAUUAAAUUUAUAUCAUUCCGUUGUCAUAGCACCUUCUGUUGAUCUUACUCACUACAUUCAGAAAAUAAAGAUGUUUCGUCGUGGUAAAUUGGCUUUCCUUAAUACUAAGGAUGAUAGGGUUAAAGUCAUUAAUGAACGCAUAAACUUAACCGAAAGACAUUUGAUUGAAAUGUGUAACAGUUUUACAACAAGUACAAGAAAAUUGGCCAAAUACCGUGAUUCCUAUGAUGAAUUAUCAAAAACUUUACGCAAUUACGCAGACGAGGAAGAGAUUAAUGAGAGCUUAAAUGAAGGUCUAAAAAAUUUGACUAAUGCUGUAACAAUUUUGGGAGAUUACAUGGAUUUGCAAGUACAUCGUCUCGAGUUAAAGAUAGUAAACGAAUUCGCACAAUUUGAAAAUUUGUGUAAAAUGACUCGUGAUAAUUUACGCACGGCCGUCUUGGCUCGGGACAAAGAGGUUCUUAAGCAACGGCAAAUGCUUGAAAUUAAAACGAAAUUCUCGGCAAAUAACGCAGCAGCGGAUUCCGAGUUAAUUAAAGUUAAAGUGGAAGUAAAUCGCACCAAUCGAGAGAUUGAUGAAAUCAUUAAUAAUUUCGAAAAACAUAAGCUUAAUGAUUUAAAAGAAAUAUUUACUAAUUUCAUAUUAAUAUCAAUGAAAUAUCAUACAAAGUCACUGGAAGCUUUAACGGCCAGUUAUUAUGAUGUGACAAAUAUCGAUGAGAGCGAUGAUUUACGAGAAUUCCAAAAACUAAUGAAAUCGAAAUAUGGCACUCAAGAAUCACUUAAAAAAACGAAAAAAUCGGCAAUGGACAGUUUACGAUCGCAAUCUAUGGAGAGUUUAGACAGAGACCAACUGUUAAGUCCACUGAAGAGAACCAAUAAAAAACUAUCGAAAAGCACAAAAAAUUUAAAUGAAAUUAAUAGAGAUGAUGAUGAUGCUAAGGGCGAUAAGAAAACUUUGGAGAAUGAUAGUGAAAGCGACGAUGACGAGGAAGACGAUGAUGAAGAAGGCGAAGGAGAGGACAACAGUGACAAUACCAAAAGUGAGGAGGAGUCGCGCAGCGAUCAUGACACCAACGAAAGUUCCUCGAAGGAUGAAGAAAAUGCAUUUAGCGUAAAGAAAAACAAACUGCAAAUUGCACAUCCUUUUAAAGCGACACAUGUACUCAAGACUAAAGACAGAAUUCCGGCAAAUCAAUUGCGACGUGAGAAAACUUUUAUUACUAAACGUUUAACUGUAACCGGUUCUGGCAUUCAACAUUCGUCGGAUCACCAAAAGCGUAUUAUUGACGACCGUAUUAAAAGUACGAAAAAAGCCUUGGCUGGUGAAACUUUUCAUAGGACCGAUGGUCGCUUGGUUACCAUUGUUGAAUCGAAACGAAAAACUACAACAAACGAAGAUAUGCCACAGACAGAAGUAGAGAUCAUUGAUUGCACACGUAGUAGUCCCAGAAAUUAACUACUAACUACUACGGUCAUGUAAAUAACGCUUAUAUGAUGAUUAUAUAUAUAUAUU